AACAACGGCAUGUCCUGGACAGUAAACUGCCAAUGAAUUGUUGUACUGUAGUUACAUUAAAUAUUAUGGAACAACUGCAAAAUAGGUUCUAGGUAUCUUGUCAUUUUUCUGUGCAGCCUGUUUUUGGCUCUUAAUGUUGUUUACAAGGGAACUGAAUUCCUUUUCACACACACAGGGCACAAAUCAUUCCCAGCCAGCUAGGGUACUUUGCAGUUACUAUGGUGAGUUAAAGAACACUAAUAUGUGACUAGAUUGCAGAGGCCAUUAAGAGAACACCAUCACCAGAGUAUCUAUUGUCAUCUGCCAAGAAUUUGCCAUUAUCCCUUCAGCGCUAUUAAUAUGGGAAGGAUUGCGUUGCUGUGGGUAUGUCAGACUGUAGCAUCAUAGUGAAAACUUUACCUCACCCAUUUGUUGAUGCUUGGGUUUUGGUGUGAGGUGUUUUGAAAGGGUGAAACAGGCAGCCACAGUAUAAAUAGAGCAUGUUAUGGAGGAGUUAGGCAAGAUGAUAAUCCUACAAAAAUCAUUAGCUUAACUUUCUGCUAUAGAUCUAGCUAUACUGUAAAAUCAGACUAAACCAACAGCUUUAUCCAGUUGAUUUUUAAAAUGCCUCGUCCCCUAUUCAGUCGGAACGGUAGCUGGGAUUCAAUCCAGGACUGGCCGAAGGCAAGUAUUUUAGAUCAGUGCCGGGGACCACCUUUUCUCCUUGAGUCAGAUUAUGGUAACUGGCUAAACAUAGCCAGAAAAACACUGGAAACCUCGACCUGCCCUGGAUUUCUGUCAUUUCCUUUGGUAACCCCUGCUUGUCCAGAAGUCUCACCUUCAUCUAGAGAUGGACAACAAUUUUCAGAUGACGCUUGUGACAGUAAGACCUGGAGAAUCUCUUUAGAUGUUAGUCAUUUUUGUCAAGAGGAAAUUCGUGUCAAAAUCAAUGAGGCCUACUUGGAAAUAGCAGGUGAGCAUCAAGAAAUACAUAAGGACCAUGGGACCAUUUCGAGGAGUUUUACAAGGAAUUACAAGUUGCCUGCAGAGGUUGAUCCUCAAAAGAUGAACUUUUCAUUUUCUCCAGAAGGGGUUCUAUUAGUUGAGGUGCCUGUUGGUGUUUCUUCCAACAGUUGUCCCAAGGAGACUGCUAUCCCAAUACAGAUGAAGGAAAAACAUUAAAAUCACUUUCAACUUUUAACUGAAAAUUUCGGUCAAUUCAAAUUUUGUUACUUUAUUCAC